AUGUCUGGACGUGGAAAGGGAGGCAAGGGGUUGGGAAAGGGCGGUGCCAAGCGCCACAGGAAGGUCCUUAGGGACAACAUUCAGGGUAUCACCAAGCCCGCUAUCCGCCGUCUAGCGCGCAGGGGUGGUGUGAAGCGUAUCUCUGGGCUGAUCUACGAAGAGAUUCGUGGUGUUCUCAAGGUCUUCCUUGGGGGUAUCAUCAAGGACGCGGUUACCUACACCGAGCAUGCUCGCAGAAAGACCGUUACCGCCAUGGACGUUGUGUACGCCCUUAAGCGCCAAGGUCACACCCUGUACGGUUUCGGUGGCUAA